AAUUAGGAGAGGAUGUUCGCCGAGUCGAAGGAAUUUGCAAUGAAAGCAUCGACAACUGGUUGUCCAUUUAUGAAAAUUUUCUUUGGUUUUCUUGCGUUUUCAACAUCCUUCUCUAAAGCACAAUCAAUAGAAGAUGACUUUCCACCUUUUAAUGCAAGCUUAGUGAGACCAAACGUUUAUCUAAGAAUGACAUAUCAGACCACAGUACCUAUGUUACUUUCUUGCUUAACCUUGGAAGAUAUCGAUGGCUAUGUAAAGGUUCAUACAGAUGAUACAAAGAUUGCAACAGUAGCCCCAAAUCAUGUGAAUGUCAGUUGUCAGAAUGAACCAUUUAAAAUGGUAAAUCUAACUGUUCGUGGAGUUUUUAUUGGAAGAACAAGAUUGAGAGUGAAAACGUACAACAUUUCGAAUAUCGAACAAGGGGAACAUAAUAUUCCUGUAGUUAUUAUGGUACCCAAUAGAAUGCUAACUGGAAUCUUUAUUGUUUGUGUUAUAUUCUUUAUGCUACUCUUAAAUUUCGGAUUUGGAUGUAAGUUAGAAGUAGAUGUUAUAAAAGAGAUUAUUAAGAAACCUAUACCUCCGUUGAUAGGAUUUUUAUGUCAAUCUGCUCUUAUGCCAUUAAUCGGUUUAGCUCUAUCAAAGGCAAUGAGAAUGAGUAAUGAUAUUGGUUUCGGAAUAUUGGUAUUAGCGGCGUCUCCUGGUGGUGGUGGUAGUAACGUUUGGACUUUAAUGUUGGGUGGGGACUUAAAUUUAAGUUUAUGUAUGACCUUCUUCAGUAAAAUCGCUGCACUCUUUAUGAUGCCUUUUUGGUUGUUUGUUCUUGGACGAAUGUACGAAUACGAGUCUGCAAAUAUACCAUUUAGAAGCAUUGCUACUGGUUUAGUGACUCUUAUCGUACCAGUUUUACUUGGUUUGGCUUUGAGAAAGUGUAAACCAAGCGCUGGAGAAUUUGUUAUAAAAUGCCUUAAGCCUCUGGCUUUAAUAUUUGUCAUAUUUGUCAUUGUAUUUGGCAGUAUAACAAAUAAGUAUAUUUAUCAAAUGUGGGGAAUGCAUUGGUACCUGGUUCCUGGAUCAUUACUCUGCAUAUAUUUUGGUUAUACUCUCGGCUAUCUAAUAGCCAGGUUAACACGACAAGGGCACAGAAAAGCUCUUACCAUUGCUAUAGAAACGGGAGUUCAAGAUACUGGUAUCGCAAUAGUUCUCCUUCAAGGUGCAUUCAAAUUUCCAAUGGGAGAUUUAGCAGCGUCCGUUCCAAUGACAGCAGCGCUGUUUACCCCUGUUCCUCUACUCUGUAUUCUAAUAGGAAUGCGUAUAAGAUAUUGCUGUCAAGAAGGUAGAUGCGUCUUACGACCUCAAAACGCAGUUGAUUCUGAAAAAGUCGAUAUUGAGAAAAAGAGUCCUGAAUGUGCAAUAAGCACAAUAGAUAUAGAUGAUAAUUAUAAAUUAGAAAAGAAGGAAGAUCCUCAGGAAUUAUAUACUAUAAAAUUGUAAUGUAUCAAUGCAAAUAUUCUUAACUAUUUAUUAAAUAUAAAAAUCAUAUUUUCUACUUAUGAAUCACAGAAACUAGUAGUUUAAAUGGUAAUUUCAUU